AUGAAGUUGGUACUGAUUUUUCUAUCGAUCAUUUUGACGUCUUCUGAUGCCAAGUCUCCAGCUAAAAGAGUAGCAGUCAGCUUGGAUGACGAUGGAUUUCUGCAACUACUAGAAGUAGAAAUUGCACGAACAUUAAGAAGUGAAUUGAGUAGUGACGAUGAUCUUCAGAAUCUGGAAGCAAGUGGAGAGAACUUGGAAGAAAAUGAUGAAUAUUUGAAGAAAUCUGGCUCUUCAUAUCCUUCAACUACCUUUGAACCAACAACAACAACAACGACCGUUGAAACAAGCACAACCACUGUCACAACAACAACAGCUGCUCCAUCAACAACAACAACUGUUAUUAAAACAACGAAGAAACCAGUGCCACCUCAAUGUGUUGCUAACAAGGACUGCUACAAGGAUUCCGAGUGUCCUUCGGGAAAAUGCUUCGGGAGUGAACUCGGUUUAUGCGAUUGCAAUGCAUGCAUCACUAAUAAGAAGUGUGAAAAUGAUUCGGAUUGUGGAGGACUUCGAAACGCGUGUGAUCCAACAGGAUACUGUGACUGUGUCAAAGCAUUCCAUUCUCAUGGAUUUGAACUCUUCGUAAAAGUUCUUCUAACAUUUUGUCAUCAGACCAAGUGCUCUCAAGACUCAGACAGCUGUUAUGGUCUUCCCUGCAAAGUUGGAAAAUGUAAAUGCGCUCCAGUGACAGCAUCGAGACUUCCAGUGCAUUAUUUCAAGCCAGGAGGGAAAUAA